AAUGGGUCUCGCAAAUAUAGAAGAGCUCUAUGACGACUGUCUGUACCAUAUAUUUGAUUUUUUGCCCACUGAAGAUCGCAUUAUUUUCGCCCAAGUAUGCCAUAGAUUUCGUCAGCUUUUCAUAAAUCAAUGUGCUGCUAAAUACCGUGUUUAUACCCUCGAUAAAGACAGUUCCCGACUUGAGCUGAUACAAUUUUGUAUUUGUCGCGAGGCGGUCGAGUCCUUGACCAUUGAUCUGGAUCACUUUGAUACGGCCAGAUGUUAUAGAACCUAUGGAUGCGUAACUCCAGAAAACUGUUUUCAAAUUCUAUGCCAAACUUUGGCCGGAAUGAUAAGGCUAGAGCAUUUGGUAGUCAAGCAGGAAUCGAUGCUAGUUACACCCAUUGAAAAGCCGUUCGAUCAAAUAUUGACUGCCGUCAGACAUUUACCGAAGCUCAGAAGAUUGGGAAUUCGUGCUAGAGACGCUAAUUUUCUAAUAACAUAGACUGCA